AAAGUGACGCUGACUGGGCCUGUCCAAGAGGAAAGGGGAUAAAAAAACCAACAGCGAAAUGCCACUCCUGCUGCUACGGCCACCGGCGUGCGCCACCGCCACCGCAGCGGCGUCCGCGCCGGCGCCGGUCGCGUUCUCGCGGCCCCCGCCGUCCUCGCGGCUCCGCUGCUCCCACCUCCCCUCCGCGUUCCCGGGCCUGAGGAAGUACGGGCGCCGCCACCGCGAGCCCGUGGCGGCCCCCAGCUCCGAUGAAGACGAGGAGGAGGAGGAGGAGGACGGGGACUACGACGAGGACGAGGAAGGGAUGGAGAUGGAGGUAGACGAGGAGGAGUUCCUUGCGACGCGACCCAAGCCGGCGGGGUUUGGCGAGGGGAAGACGUACUCCACCGACAUCGAGGAGCAGCUCCUCCGGGAGAUGGGCCUCGGCGGGGCGCGGCGCGGAGGUGACGCGGCCUCGGCUAAGCGCCGGGAGGGGAACAGUCCCGGCAAAGAAACAGGCACAGAUCUCAAUGACAAUGGUGUUCAAAUUCGUGUUUGGAACCUCCCAAAAAAGAAAAACAUACACAAAGACCUGAAGCAAGCUUUCAAAGGGUUCCCUGGUCUUCUAUCUAUAGAUCCAGCAGUUUCCGCAAAUAAGAAAACUCGCGAUCCUAUCUGUAAGGGGUUUGCUUAUCUUAAACUGGAGUCUACAGAAGCUGCAACCAGAUUCGUUGAGAUAUACUCCCGUAAACCUGUGGCAUUUGGCAAGGUUGAGAAGCCAAUCAGUUGUUGCAUUGUCGAUGGGAACAGCUCUGUUGAGCCUUCAAAUAAAGUGUCCCAUGCGAUGUCUCAACCAAGGUUGAAGCGCCAAAAUUUGGUGGCGACAAGUUGAGUAGCACAUUGAUCUGUCAUCCAGUAGUCAUCCAUACUUCUAGAAGUCAAAAGUUUGCUGAAGGAGCUUUGGUACAUAGAUUAGAUAGUCCUCUGUAUCAGGUUAGAAUUGCUAAGAAAUGUGUCGAUUGAGCAAUUCGGUCCUGUUGCCCACGCUGAAACUAAUUUGCAUGAGAAAUGCCAAUCUGACUGAAAAAUACUCAGUGUUAUAUUA